CUGUCGCUGGUUUCGUCUCCACACCGUUAGUCUAUUGGACCUCAUAAUUUCGAAGCCCUCACCUUUCUUCUAUUCCUCACGGUGUUCCUCACAUCUCUCGGAAAGUUCUCUGCAACUCUGUGUUCCGUUCGUUCAUUCACUACCAUCUCUCGAAGGUAAGAGGAGCUGGAGAUGGAGAGUGCAGAGGGGAAGACAGUUCCAGGUGGAAAUUCACAUGACAAGGACUCAUCGCAGUGUAUUAAAGUUGCCGUUCACAUCAGGCCUCUGAUUGCAACUGAGCUUACGGUUGGAUGUACGGACUGCAUUACUGUUGUAUCUGGAGAACCUCAGGUGCAAAUUGGAUCUCAUGCAUUCACGUUCGAUCAUGUCUAUGGGAGUAUGGGUUCUUCUUCCUCUGCAAUUUUUGAUGAAUGUGUUGCGCCACUGGUAGAUGCAUUCUUCCAUGGCUAUAAUGCCACGGUUCUUGCCUAUGGCCAGACUGGUUCAGGGAAGACUUACACAAUGGGCACCAAUUACUCUGGGGAAGCAACUGGUGGUGGGAUUAUACCAAAAGUUAUGGAAACUAUAUUCGCAAGGGUAGAGGCAAUGAAAGAACCUACAGAGUUUCUAAUUAGAGUGUCAUUUAUCGAGAUUUUCAAAGAAGAAGUAUUUGAUUUGCUCGAUCCAAGUUCAGUGUCAUAUUCAAAAGGUGAAGGGGCUUCUCUAGUAAAACCUGCAGCUGCAAGACUCCCCAUUCAAAUUAGAGAGACUGCAAAUGGAGGGAUAACACUUUCUGGUGUUAUUGAAGCAGAAGUGAGAACUAAGGAAGAAAUGGCAUCAUAUCUGUCCCGAGGUUCUCUGUCUCGUGCUACAGGAAGCACAAAUAUGAACAGCCAGUCAAGUCGUUCACAUGCAAUCUUUAUAAUAUGCAUGGAGCAAAAGAAAAACACACGAUGCACUGGUACAUCAGUAAUCGAUAAUGAUGCUAGUGAUGAUAUCUUAUGUGCGAAGCUUCAUUUAGUGGAUCUUGCUGGGUCUGAACGUGCAAAACGAACAGGAGCAGAUGGGUUGCGUCUCAAAGAAGGGAUCCAUAUUAACAAAGGUUUGCUGUCUCUUGGCAAUGUAAUAAGUGCCCUGGGUGAUGAAAAGAAGAGAAAGGAGGGAGGACAUGUUCCUUACCGCGAUAGCAAGUUAACACGCUUGUUGCAGGACUCUCUUGGUGGAAACAGCAAAACAGUUAUGAUUGCUUGUGUGAGUCCUGCUGACACAAAUGCUGAGGAAACAUUAAACACUCUAAAAUAUGCCAAUCGGGCUCGCAAUAUUCAGAACAAAGCAAUUAUAAAUCGUGACCCAGUGGCAGCUCAGAUGCAAAGAAUGCGGAGCCAAAUUGAACAGUUACAAUCUGAGCUUCUUUAUUUCCGUGGUGAAGGUGGUGCACCUUUUGAGGAACUGCAGAUUCUUAGGCACAAAAUCUCGCUACUUGAAGCAAGCAAUGCAGAGUUACAGCGAGAGCUUCAAGAACGACAAGUCACUUGUGACCGUCUUGCACAAUGUUCUAUUGAUGCUCAGGUUGAAAAAGAUGAAUUGAUUCUUAAAAUUGAAUCGGCUCGCAAUGGAAAAUCUUGGGAUGAUAUUGACUCUGGUGAUGUAAAUAAGGAGUUUGGUUUAGUAAAGACAUAUGUGUCAAGAAUUCAAGAGUUGGAAGGAGAACUUAGGCGGUUGCAGAGCUUGAGUAAUUCCAAUCGUGACAGCUUCAUUGAUUCCCUUGAUCUGGAGGAUGACGGGCUACGCUCGAAAAGCCCCUAUCUCAAUGACUUGCCAUCUAUUUGUGACGGCAAAGCCAUCAGCAUUUCUGGUGAGAUGGAAGAAGUUGAAAAGGAACUGGAACAUUCUUCUCUUCAGGAUAAAUUGGAUAAGGAGCUGAAGCAACUCGACCAACGGCUUGAACAAAAGGAGGCUGAAAUGAAACGAUUUGGGACGGUUGAUACAUCAGUGCUCAAGCAUCAGUAUGAGAAGAAAGUCCAGGAGUUAGAGCAAGAAAAGAGAGCUUUGCUGAAUGAGAUUGAGGAUCUACGGUCCAACCUUGUGAAUAUAUCUUCUGCUUCUGAUGAUGGAGCUCAAAAGUUAAAGCAAGAAUAUCUUAAAAAAUUAAACCUCCUUGAAACCCAGGUGUCAGCAUUGAAGAAGAAGCAAGAUGCGCAAGCUCAACUUUUGAGACAAAAGCAGAAAAGUGAUGAAGCAGCAAAACGGUUACAGGAGGAAAUUCAGAGAAUAAAGUCCCAAAAAGUUCAAUUGCAGCAUAAGAUCAAGCAGGAAUCUGAACAAUUUAGGUCAUGGAAGGCUUCACGGGAAAAGGAAGUUCUUCAGCUGAAGAAGGAGGGGAUAAGAAAUGAGUAUGAGAUGCACAAGCUAUUGGCUUUGAAUCAAAGACAAAAGAUGGUUUUGCAAAGGAAGACCGAAGAAGCUGCAAUGGCUACAAAACGACUAAAAGAGCUACUGGAAGCUCGGAAAGCUUCUUCACGUGAAACAUCAGGUGCUGGAAAUGGGAAUGGUUCUGGAAUUCAGGCACUAAUGCAGGCAAUUGAACAUGAGCUUGAAGUAACAGUACGUGUGCAUGAAGUUCGUUUGGAAUAUGAGUGUCAAAAGGAAGCGAGGGCUGCUAUGGCAAAUGAGGUGUCAAAGUUAAAGGAACAAGCCGAAAAGUUUAAGAGGAAAAAUUCAAGUACGAUCCAUUGCAGUGACUCUCUCCAAACAAUGUCUCCUGGUGCAAGAAAUUCAAGGAUUUUGGCACUUGAAAAUAUGUUGGCUACUUCAUCAAGCAACCUUGUGUCUAUGGCUUCACAACUGUCAGAAGCAGAGGAGCGUGAACGCAUCUUCAGUGGUAGGGGCCGCUGGAAUCAAAUCCGGUCCGUUGCUGAUGCGAAGAAUGUGAUGAAUUAUUUGUUUAACUUAGCAUCCUCCUCAAGGUGCUUAUUGCGAGAUAAAGAAGUGGACUGCAAAGACAAGGAUGCGGUAAUACGGGAGCUGAAGGAAAAAGUUGUCAGACUCACCAGUCUGGUCAAACAGAUGGAAGCACAAGAGGCAGAACUUCUCCGUCAGCAGGAGUUGCAGAAGUUGACUUUAACGAACAACACCAUGGAGAAUAUGUCAAAUUUCGGGGUCCAAAUCCCAAGCACUAGAGAUGGACAUGUAUAUGACUUCCGCCAGGGACCCCGCAACUCCAGUAUCUUUAGCUUGAGCAGAAAUAGCAACGAAUUAUUGGAGGACAUGGACACGUCUGAGUCAGAAGGCUCUGAAUCUGAGGCCAUUGACGAUGAGUGGGUAAACUCUGUAAAAAGACCAGUUAAGAGGAGGUCAUCUAGAGCUCAAUUAGUAGCAUCCCAUCAUGUAGAUGUCAGAGUUCCAGAAAACUUGAGCUCAGAGUCCUCGAGCAAUGAAACAAAUUGUAAAACUAUGAACACUUCAUCAAUCAUAUGUUGCUCCUGUUCUAAAAGAUCAUUAUGUAAAACUCCAAAAUGUGAAUGUCGGGCUGCUAAUGGCACAUGUGGUGAAUCAUGUGGGUGUGAGCCGAUUAAAUGCUCAAAUAGAGAGGCUGAAUUAAUAAACAAGGAACUGGGUGACCAAUCUCUAUCUGAAAGGGCUGAAGGUGACAUGUGCAGUAUUGGAACCAACGAAAUUGAGAGGACUAAGGUUCUUGUAUCUCACGGGGCAAUGCUUCUUCAGAAUGCAUUAUCUGAUAAGCCUGUUGAGGUAAAUGAAGAUCGUGGAACACAGAGGAAAGCACUAUCUGACAUUGGGAACUCACUGGCCAAGCCAAAUGCACCAAAGCCAAACCAGAGGAAAAAAUGGCGAAGAUCUGUCAUUCAGCUUGUUCCAGAGACGCCACCUUCCAACCUACCAGAGACCACUGAAGCCCCACAGAAGCCAGAGAAAAGUACGAUGGAGCCAGAAGUUCCUCUAAAAUUGCCGCGAGCAAUGAGGCCAGUAAUGGGAAAUAAUAAUCUCUUGAAGGAGAGAAAUUUCAGCCAGUCAGAUGAAUCCAUUGCUAAUAAGGAGGUGGGAAUAGUUACUCCAAGAAGUCCUGCUCGACAGACAAGGAACUCAGAAGUGAAAGAGAACCAUGGAAACUAAUUCACAUUAGUCAUUUGUUCUUAUUGUUAAUAUCUAUCAUUCUUUGAUAAUUUGUACAUCUGACAGAAUUUCCUAUUGGAUCCAGGGGAAUCAACUGUGCAAUUUGAAACAUGUAAGUUAAUAGAUCCUUCGAGGAUUGAUCAAUCCUCUUCAUCAGGUUUAUUGGUUUUGGAAUGGAAAAGAUGACGGAUCAAUUUCUUAUC